CAUUAUUAAUGGCGUCGAAGCGGCAACUACUCGGCUAAUAUUGAUAUUGUGUACAAUUUGCGGAGAAAUGAAAAAAUGGAUGGUUUCAUUAACUCAAAGAUAGAGAAGCAAACGAUAUAUGAAAUAUAUCGAGCAUGUCGGCUUUGUGGUGCUGGUGCUGGCUACAAAAUGCCAAUAAUUCAAAAUGUUGUCAACUUGGACGGCGCCGAAGUGGAACUCAAACAGAAAAUACGCGAAUGUGUCCAAAUUGAGGUCCACCAAGACGACAAAAUGCCCCCGUUGAUAUGCGAAUUAUGUGUCGAUAAAGUCAACGAUUUCUAUGAAUUCCUGGAAAUGUGCAGACACACCAACAAAAGGACGAGAUUGAGACUGGGCCUGCCUCCACAGGCUAUGCCUCGAGGAGCGGUAAGGCCAGACGCCGGAGACUGCAUCCUCGGUGUUACAGAACCUGUAUUUAUCAAUGAAGAUUCGAAUGAACAUACAUUAAGGUCUAGGAAUAAAUUAAGUCAAAGUACUAAGAAUAAAACACGUGAUAGCAAAGUCAUGAUGUCAAAUAAUAUGUCCAGAAGAGACGCUCACGAUAAAAGGAAUGAGGCGAGGGCUCUACGAAGCAAGCAACCCAGUCCGCCGCGCUUGAGAGGUACGAAGAGAUAUAACGAUGAAGACGAAAAGCUCAGCAAGUUGCAGAAAUCGAAGAAGUCUGAUUCAAUGCCCAAGUCGAUAUUGAAGAAUCAAAGGGAUCAUAAGAGCGACGAUAGUUCGUAUCUGUCCCCGAGGCUGAAGAGGCCGCGGGACAGAGACGUGACUAGCAAGAAAGAGAUGCAAAAUAAAAAAGUCAAGAUCCAAGAGAGGCCGUUACCGCAACGCGCGACGCGAACGUCACCGAACAUCAAGUCCAAGUCUCCGCCAGUAUCGCACAAGUGUAACAUUUGCAAGGCGCAGUUCGACAACUACCGGUCGCUGAACAAUCACAUGAGAUCACAUUCGCACAAGCAGGCAGAUAGAAAACAAAACAAGAAGGAGAACAAGGAGGUGAAGUGUACGGAUUGCAGGAAGUCAUUCACGAGCAAGAUGCUUCUGAACAUCCAUAGGUGUCCGAAACAAGGAGGUGUUUGUAAUAAAUGCGACAAGCAUUUCUAUUCACAUAAAAGUUUAAUACAACACAAACGGACUUGCGUUCAAAGGAGGAAAGAAGUGUAUAUCCAACCCAAGAUCCGUCGGUUACUGAAGCCGCUGCAAGUGCGCGUGGCGCGCUGCGACCCGAUACUCGCGAACGUGUCGGGGGAGCAUUACGACGUGUCCGGUGUUCAACACGAUUUCGGCCUAGACAAGAACGUCCUGUAUCCGUACAUAUCGACGGGAAGUACGCGCAUUAAAUUCGAACCUGGCUACAUGGUUGACAUAAAUGAUGACAUAAAGAAAGCGUUAGACGGUGAUAAAUACGUCCACUGGGACUCUGACGGCACGGAGAGCGACGGGGACCUGGCGGAUAUUCCUAGGAGGAAAAUCGAAAGCUUACUCACGCUAUCGAUCAAGACAAUAUUCUCAAGAAAAUUCCUCGGCAAAGUCCCGAAGAAACGCAGAAAAUUCAAAGCUGAAAAAGCGUUCGAUUCGAUAUUGAAUGUUAGCGACUUCGAUACCGAACUGAAACGGGGCAUCGAUAAUAUAAUCGAUAGUCUCGAUGAUGAGAGAAUCGAUGAUUCUAUCGAUACGAGUAAGGCAAGUAGGAGUUGUGAUAACGAUUCGUUGUUCGGUGAUGAAAAUGCACCGAACGUCACUAAUGAUGAUUUUGAUUCGUUGUUUUGUAAUAAAGAUAUAUCUAAAAUAGAUGCAGUUAAAAGUGAUGAUAAUCCGUGCAAUAAUACUAGUAGAGAAUGUGAAGAUGUACCGAUAUCGAAGGAUUCUGAAGCUAAAGAUCUAGACGUUGAAAGUGGAAGAAGUUUAGAAGAUAAUGUGAUAAAUAAGGAAAUCGAAGUAGCUGGAGAUCUGAAUUCGAAAGAAAAUGAAAUUGAAUCAAGUAUACAGCACGAAGAAGGUCCAACUGACACGCAUAAAGAUAAAGACGAUUCCUUUGAAGGUUCAGGAGAAAAUCUACAAAGUCAAGAGCUAAAUAGUAAUGUUUUAAUUGAAAAAGAAUACACUGAAACAAAAGAUUUAGAAAUAGAGACGAAAUCGAAUGAAAUAAACUCAGAAGAUAACUCACAAACUGUUGAUAGUAAUAUUAAAUUUGUAAAUGAUAGUACUCUAAGUGAACCAACUGAAUUAAAUGCAAUAGAAAACGCAGAAACUAGUAAAACUAAUGUUUAUAGCGAACAUGUAUUAAACAAAAUCGAUAGUACAGAUAAUGUAACAGAAAACAAACCUAUUGAUUAUAAGUCAUUCAAUGCAGCAACAGAAUAUACAGAAAAUGUGAAUAACCUCAAAGAAAAGAGUCAUAUUAAAAACGUAACACAUGUCAACGGUGAAAAUAAUCCAGAGGACAAGAUCACGAUGGAUGAUUUGGAAGAUCUGAGUGAUUCAGAAAUGGAUGACAAUAAACUAAUGGCAGCUCUCGACGCACAGAUAGGGGAGAACGAGACGGAAGAUACGAAAUAUGAAGCGGGACGCGAGAAGGAAAGUGACAGUGGUAUAGACAGAAUAGUUGAUGUGAUACCAAGUUCUGUGAAAUCAGCUGAUCUUGAAAGCAUAUCCGAUGAUGACUUUAAUCUUAACGAGUGAAGUUGUUCAUUAUUGUAUAUAUAUUUCUUUUUCAAAAAUAAUUCUC